AGGAAGAAGAAAAACAACAACAAAAAUAAAAUAAUAAAAAAAGAAAAAAAAGGAAGUGGAUGGUGAAAUUCGCGACUCGCAGUCCUCGCUGGAGAGUAUUGUUCUCACUCGUCGCUGCCAUCGCCACGAUCUCCGAUCCGAUUCAGUUUCUCGGGUACGCUAUUCAUCACUAGCUCACCGUGGAAUACUUGAUUUGAAUUUCAACUCUGAUCUGAAUGCAUUUGGUUGCUUCUCUGUUACUAAGUUUUUGAUUGAAUUGAAUCGAAUUACCAGUGAUUUUGAUUGUUGUUCUAUAAAUGGGGACUGAAAAUCCCGGUCGUCCAACCUUCCCUGCAAGACCUGUUUCCUCACCAUUCGCUGCAGCUCCUGCACCACAGACUGUAACACCUUUUGCCUCCAUGCCUGGAUCAGACCCUCCUCCUCCUUUUCGACCUACGCCUCCGGCUCCACCGCAAGCAUCCUCGCCGUUUUCAUCGUUUGGACCGCCGGUUAGACCUGGGGCACCGAGUUUUAGACCUGCCCCGCCUGGUAGAUUCAAUGACCCAUCCGUGCCUCCACCUCCUCCUCCCCAAUCAUCCAAUUUCCUUCCUGCUGGAAAUUUCCAGCAAUUCUCAGCACCACAAUUUCCCCCUGCGCAGCCGCGUGGUCCUCCGCCAAUGAUGGGACAGCCACAGCCAUCGUUUCAACCUCCUCCUGCCGUUCAAACACAGUCUUUUCCUGCAUCUUUUCCACCUCAGCCGCAGAUGCCUCAUGUCCCGAUGGGGUCGCCGCCUCCUCCGCCAAGUGCCACCACACCUGGGCCUUUGGGGACAAAUGUUCCUCCCACAGCAUAUCAGCCAUCUUUUCCUGGAUACGCCCGUAUGCAGCCCGGUGCUGAAAUUCAACCUCCGCCCAUGCAUUCUGCUAAUCAAGGAAAUUAUGGACCUGUGCCGCCUGCGCAGUCUUCUCCCUUUGCACCUAACCAAGGAGGCUAUGUUCAGCAACCCCCGGUGGCUGCUCCGUUAGGAAUGCAGCACAUGCCGCCGCCAGGUUCUGCAUCUUCCAUUCAAGGCUUGACAGAAGAUUUCAGUUCACUCGCUGUGCAAACUCGUCCGGGAACGAUCGAUCAGGUGUUUGAUGCUAAAGAACUUCCAAGGCCGUUGGAUGGGGAUGUGGAGCCAAACAAUUUGGCCGAGAUGUAUCCAAUGAACUGCAAUCCUAGAUAUCUACGCCUCACAACCGGUGCACUUCCUAGCUCACAGUCCUUAGCUUCUAGGUGGCAUCUGCCUCUUGGAGCAGUUGUGUGUCCGCUUGCAGAAUCUCCUGAUGGGGAAGAGGUGCCUACAGUUAACUUUGCACCGGCUAGUGUUGUACGAUGUAGAAGAUGCCGCACAUAUGUGAAUCCUUAUGUGACAUUUACAGAAGCUGGAAGAAAAUUCCGGUGCAAUGUAUGCACCUUGCUUAAUGAUGUUCCUAGUGAAUACUAUGCACAAUUAGAUGCAACUGGCAGAAGAGUUGAUUUGAAUCAACGACCCGAGCUUACGCAGGGUACUGUAGAAUUUGUUGCCCCUACUGAGUAUAUGGUGCGGCCUCCUAUGCCCCCAGUAUAUUUCUUCCUGAUCGAUGUUUCCAUAUCUGCGGUUAAAAGUGGCAUGAUUGAGGUUGUGGCUGAAACAAUCAAGUCAUGCUUAGAUGAGCUGCCUGGCUUUCCACGAACUCAAAUAGGGUUUGCAACUUUUGACAGCACUAUACAUUUUUAUAAUAUGAAGUCAUCAUUGACUCAACCACAGAUGUUGGUGGUCUCAGAUCUGGAUGACAUAUUUGUUCCACUGCCAGAUGAUCUUCUUGUUAACUUAUCUGAAUCAAGAAGCGUGGUGGAUGCCUUCCUAGAUAGUUUGCCAACUAUGUUCCAGGACAAUGUUAAUCUGGAAUCAGCUUUUGGUCCUGCUCUGAAGGCUGCAUUUAUGGUUAUGAGUCAACUUGGAGGGAAAUUGUUAAUUUUUCAAAAUACACUUCCAUCUCUUGGUAUUGGUCGUUUAAGGUUACGUGGAGAUGAUACUCGUGUAUAUGGAACAGACAAAGAACAUGGACUGAGACUGCCUGAAGAUCCAUUUUAUAAGCAAAUGGCUGCUGAGUUUUCUAAGCUUCAAAUCUCAGUGAAUGUGUAUGCCUUCAGUGAUAAGUACACUGACAUAGCAUCCUUAGGAACUCUGGCGAAGUAUACUGCUGGUCAAGUGUAUUACUAUCCAGCUUUCCAAUCAGCCAUUCAUGGGGAGAAAUUGAGACAUGAAUUAAGGAGAGAUCUUAUUAGAGAAACUGCAUGGGAAGCUGUAAUGCGUAUUAGAUGUGCAAAAGGUGUUCGCUUCACAACUUAUCAUGGAAAUUUCAUGCUAAGGUCCACUGAUUUGUUAGCACUUCCGGCCGUAGAUUGUGAUAAAGCCUUUGCCAUGCAGCUAUCACUUGAGGAGACAUUACUGACAACCCAGACGAUGUAUUUCCAAGUUGCAUUGCUAUACACUGCAUCUUGUGGAGAAAGGCGUAUCAGAGUACACACGAUGGCAGUGCCAGUUGUUACAGACCUGGCUGAUCUCUAUCGCCUGGCUGAUACUGGUGCAAUUGUAUCUCUUUUUAGUAGGCUAGCAAUUGAGAAAACAUUGUCCCAAAAAUUGGAAGAUGCACGGAGUGCUGUGCAACAGAAAAUUGUGAAAGGCCUCAAGGAAUAUCGAAAUCUUUAUGCUGUGCAACAUCGCUUGGCCAACAGGAUGAUAUAUCCCGAGUCUUUAAAGUUCUUAAUGUUGUAUGGAUUAGCUCUUUGUAAAUCAAUGGCUCUACGUGGAGGGUUUGGGGAUGUUCCACUGGAUGAGCGUUGUGCAGCAGGACAUACAAUAAUGACUCUACCAAUAAAAAGAUUGUUGAAACUUCUCUAUCCUAGCUUGAUUCGGGUUGAUGAAUAUCUUCUAAAGGCAUCUGUACAGGCGGAUGACUUGAAAAGUAUUGAGAGAAGGUUACCUUUGACUGGGGAGAGCUUAGACUAUAGGGGCCUUUAUAUAUACGAUGAUGGCUUCCGGUUCAUUUUAUGGUUUGGUAAGGUGAUUUCCCCUGAUAUAGCCAAGAAUUUACUUGGAGCAGACUUUGCGGCAGAAUUAUCAAAGGCUACUCUAAUUGAGCAUAACAAUGAAAUGUCAAGGAGGCUGAUGAAGGUUCUCGAAAAAUUGAGAAAUACAGACCGUGCAUAUUACCAGUUGUGCCACCUGGUGAGGCAAGGUGAACAACCCAAAGAAGGGUUCCUCCUUCUAGCGAACCUUGUUGAGGACCAGAUGGGUGGUAACAGCGGGUAUGCUGAUUGGAUGCUACAGAUAUCCCGACAAGUGCAACACACAUAGGUUCCCUUUUGACAGCAUCCUGGCAUAACAAUCAGGGUUUUGUGAGGCAUGUUAUCCGUCUCAUAAGUGAGGACAAUUUUUCUUUCUACACUGGGAAUAGAUUGAACAGGCCUUUGGGGGUGCAUGGUGAAGCGUGGAUGCUUGGCUCGACUCGACUCUAUUGGCCGUGACCAGUGAGGAGCGUCUUUUGGGAGACUCUAAUUAGUUCAUCUUUGGAUGUAUCAGUUAGGUUAAUUCUACGGUAGUGUUUGAAUUUAAAAACUGCUUUCAUGUCGUGUUGAUAGAGUGAAAAAAGAAGAGAAACUUUUUUCCCAUAUUGUUCCUUGUGAGAGUUUUAUUUAUUUUUCUUUUUGUUGUUAUCAGCUUAUGGUUGAUUCAUUCAUUGUAGAAAAGGAAAGAAUGUAGACAGAAAGAAGACAUGCCCAUGUCAAAUCAGUAUUGGAUUUUGUUUGGUGACGAUUAUUAUUUAUUCUGAUAUAUAAUGUUGGAGACUUCUUAA